UACAGUUCCGCCAGAUGGCAGAUUCUCGAAGCAUGCCUCCCCUCUCCCCAUCCCAUGCAUCCAUGAUGCCGGAAUCGUCGUUGCCAAUCUCCGUGAAUCCCGUAUCCUUGGUCACGACAGAAUGCAUUACCGUCACCUCCGCGAUGCGGAAACAUGCCCGUUGGGCACACUCUUCCGUGGCCGCUAUUCUGGGCGGCAGCGGCUCUACCAAAGGUAGCGAUCGCGACCUUCCAGCCUCCACGAUCUCAAGUACGAAGAGCAAUUCUGUUGGGAAUAAUAAAACAGGCUCCGCUAAAUCGAUGCUGCUUCCCCCUGUUGACGGAGAUCAUGCCUUGGCUAAUAGAUGGGGAUUGAGGGGUAAGAAAGGAAAGAGCAUGCAGGAUAACCCUCUGAUGUCCGCCUUUACUCAUCUACGAAGUGACCUGAAAAGCUGCAAAGACAUCCGGGCAUUCGAUGCGCCUGCGUUACUUCAUCCGUUUCUCCAAGUCAUUCGUUCCUCCUCUACCUCGGCGCCAAUAACUUCGCUUGCAUUGAUCGCUGUCACCAAAUUCCUUGCUUAUAACAUAAUCAACCGAGAUUCGCCUCGAAUCUCCAUGGCAAUGCAACUUUUAUCGGCGGCAAUUACACAUUGUCGAUUCGAAGCUAGCGACACCGUCGCCGACGAAGUUGUUUUAUUGAGAAUCUUGAAAUUAAUGGAAGGAAUGCUAUCACGGCCGGAGGGAGAACUGCUAGGGGACGAGAGUGUUUGUGAAAUGAUGGAAACAGGGCUGAGCAUGUGCUGUCAGAACCGUCUGUCAGAGGUACUCCGGCGAUCGGCUGAGAUGUCCAUGGUCAAUAUGUGCCAAGUCAUAUUCAUGAGGUUGUCCACAAUUCAAGAAGACGAGGUCACGCUCGGCCAAUCCCAUCAACAGGGAUCAACAGAUGAGGGAACGACUAAGCUGAAAAUGGAUCCUUCUGUCGAUGGAGACACAGUGAUUCCUCAACAUCCUUCAUUCAUGGGCUCCGAUACAGCUCUACCGGAGAAAGAAGAUAAGGAGCGCCUAAGUGACGAAUCGUCAACCGAGCCUACAAGCAACGAAGAUGCAGUAGCCGAACCUCUUCCUGAAAUUGAGGACGAGCAGGUUGCAGAUUCAAAGCCUUAUGGAUUGCUCUCUAUUCGGGAAUUGUUCCGCGUUUUAAUCGAUUUGUUGGAUCCACAUAAUCCUCAACACACCGACACUAUGCGGGUUAUGGCCUUGAGAAUCAUUGAUGUUGCUCUUGAAGUUGCUGGCCCGUCGAUUGCCCGUCACCCUGCUGUGGCAGAACUUGCCGAAGAUGAUCUUUGCCGUCAUCUUUUCCAGCUAGUUCGUUCAGAAAAUAUUGCAAUCCUCAAUGGGUCUCUCCGGGUAGCAGGAACUUUGCUUUCAACAUGCCGGUCAGUCCUAAAACUCCAGCAGGAGCUUUACUUGUCUUACCUUGUUGCUUGUCUCCAUCCUCGCGUUGAAAUUCCACGAGAGCCGGGCAUCAAUCCAUCGCUCUAUGAAGGCGUUCCCCAAGCACCAAAACUCGUUAAACCUUCUCCGUCGCAAACUAGCAGUGGCCGCUCCACCCCUGUUCCUGUGAAAGACCGACAAAAGCUCGGCCUGGAAGGUGGUGCCCGAAAGCCCGAGGCGAGAGAAGCAAUGGUAGAAAGCAUUGGUGUUUUAGCUCGAUUGCCAAGCUUUAUGGUUGAAUUAUUUGUCAAUUAUGACAGCGACGUAAAUCGAGCAGACCUUUGCGAGGAUAUGAUAGGACUACUCUCCAGGAACGCCUUUCCAGACUCUGCGACAUGGAGUACGACAAAUGUUCCUCCUCUUUGCCUAGAUUCUCUUCUGGGGUAUAUACAGUCCAUUGCUGACAGGCUGGAUGAUGAACCGCUUAUUGAAGGGUUUCCUGAUCCCGAGAAAUUGAAGAACCAGCGCAGAAGGAAAAAAAUAAUCGUUCGAGGAGCUUCCAAGUUUAACGAAGACCCCAAAGCAGGAAUUGCAUUACUAGCAUCACAAGGGAUCAUUGAAAACCCCGACGAUCCGGACCUAGUUGCUCGUUUUCUGAAGGGAACUUCACGUAUCUCUAAAAAGAUACUUGGCGAGUUUAUAUCUAAAAAGUCCAACCUAGAGCUGCUGGAGGCAUUUGUCGAUCUCUUUGACUUCGCAGGGAAGAGUGUUGUCGAAGCUCUCCGCGAACUUCUAGGGUCCUUCCGCCUUCCUGGUGAGUCGCCUUUGAUCGAGAGGAUAAUCACUGUCUUCUCGGAGAAAUACAUGACCAUGGCAAAACCAGUCAAUAUAGUAGACAAGGAUGCCUUAUUCAUCUUGAUAUACGGCAUUAUCAUGCUAAACACUGAUCAAUACAACCCGAACGUCAAACCAUCGAAUCGUAUGACGUGUAAUGAUUUCGCCAGAAACCUAAGAGGUGUGAAUGGUGGCCAGGAUUUUGAUCCAGAAUUUUUACAAGAGAUCUAUGAUUCCAUCAAGCAUAAUGAGAUAAUUCUUCCCGACGAACAUGAGAACAAGCACGCUUUCGACUUCGCAUGGAAAGAAUUAUUGAUGAAAAUCUCUGACGCAGGAAAUUUAGUUAUUUGCAAUACCAAUAUAUAUGAUGCCGAGAUGUUUGCGGCCACCUGGCGGCCAGUGGUCGCCACGCUUUCAUACGUUUUCAUGUCUGCUUCCGAUGAUGCUGUGUACUCGAGGGUAGUCCAGGGCUUUGAUCAGUGUGCACAGAUCGCAGCAAAGUACGGCUUGACGGAAGCCUAUGACCGUAUUAUAUACUGUCUAGCUUCGAUCAGUACUCUAGCAACUGAGGUGCCGCCUAAUACCUCACUCAACACCGAAGUCCAAGUUGGUAAGAAGAAAGUGAUGGUCAGCGAACUGGCUGUCAAGUUUGGGCGAGACUUUAGAGCUCAAUUGGCCACAGUUGUUUUAUUUAGAGUCCUGCUGGGCAAUGAGAAAGUAGUCGACCAAAGCUGGAAAUACGUCAUUCGCAUACUACACAACCUCUUCAUCAACUCUCUCAUUCCAUCUUUUGGACAAGGUUUCAGUGCUAGUCUUGAAAUACCACCAAUCCCACUUCAGCCACCAUCACAGAUCGUGGAACGUGAGAAUCGUGGAGAAACUGGGCUUUUCUCCGCAUUCACGUCGUAUCUUUCAAGCUAUGCUGCCGAUGAUCCACCUGAACCAUCAAAUGAAGAGCUUGAAAAUACGCUGUGCACAGUUGACUGUGUAAAUGCCUGCAGUAUAGGUGACGUGUUAGAAAACCUUAAGACUCUGCCUCAUAUGUCUCUCUCAACAUUAGUUGAGACGCUACUCUCGGAGCUUCCGGAGGAGAAUGCAUCCGUGGUCAUAAUGGUAAAACCUGAACGUCCAUCAUCUGGAGGACCACGUCCGGCUAGUGCUAAAGGCGAUUUAACAUCUCCGGGAUAUAACCCUGGAAUGUUGUACACUUUGGAGCUGGCCACUGUCUUGACACUUCGAGAACAAAAGACAAUUGAAACGAUUGGAGAAAGCCUGGCCAGCUCUCUACAAGGAAUUAUCCGAGAUGCAAGGAACGUUCAUCCCCUCAUUGUCUCUCGGGUGAUUCAGUAUUUGCUCAACCUUCUUCGCCUAAGCUACGAGCAUCCGUUUAUGCGCGUCCCUGUGGUCCUACAUGCAAUUUCGAGUUUCGACCAGGAUAUUCUAGAGAACUCAGCCACUUCUGUCCUCAAGAGUCUCUCCCGAUGUUUAGCCCAUUCGGAUUUAUUAAGAAGCGAGAUAAUUGUAUCUCCUGAUUUUUGGUCCAUACUGCAACGCCUGCUCCAAGAUGGCGCAUCGGCUCCAAUGAUUUUUGAGAUUCUUCGGCGAAUCGUUGAAACCAUACCGCCUGCUAUUUCUGCCGACAACUAUGAAGCUGCGGUUGGCCUUGCGAAUGAAUUCUCCAGCGCAGCGAAGGUUGGAGCAGUUGAAGAACGUAAAAGGGAUGCCAGUGCUCGUCGAUCUAGGGGGAAUAAAUCCGAGAAACCGAUUGAGAACGACACUGUGAAGCGAGGUGUUCAGGCGAUUGGCUUAAUUUACCAAAUGUCUAACCGAACCUCAACCUUGAUCCAGCAGUCUCACCUUGAAAGAGACGAAGCCUGGGCUGCUUACUGGUCUCCCAUCUUCCAAUCCUUGACAAGGCAAUGUACAAAUCCAUGCCGCGAAAUUCGACACCGUGCUAUCUCAACUCUUCAACGCUCUUUACUAUCGCUAGAAUUUGCGUCUGAUGAUAAUACGAAGUGGACAGCCGUUUUCGAUGAAGUCUUGUUUCCGCUUAUCGUUCUAUUGUUGAAGCCCGAAGUCUAUCAUUCUGACCCGGUUGGAAUGAGUGAGACCAGAGUCCAGGCAGCAACGCUUGUUUGCAAAAUAUUUUUGCGAUAUCUAGACCAGUUAUCGAACUCGAGUGGUAUGCUUGAUUUGUGGCUUAAAAUCCUGGACAUUCUUGAUCGAAUGAUGAAUAGCGGUCAAGGCGAUAGCCUGGUAUGGAUCCUGCCAUUAUUACUACCAAAAAUUGAUCAAUCCUGUUAUACAUUGCUAAUACUUGAACAGGAGGAAGCAAUUCCCGAGAGCGUCAAGAACAUUCUUCUCGUCAUGGCAGAUAGCGGUUAUCUCGUGCCUCCGCCAGUCGACGACCCUGAUAAGGAGAAAAUAUGGGUAGAAACUUCCAAACGGCUGGAUCGUUUCCUGCCAAAUCUUUUCCAGGAAUUAUUCCCAGCUUCUCCAUCACAGAAAGACACAACAGCAACACCUAGUGAUAACCAUGGUAAUGAUACCACUGCAGUAACGUCUAACGGUGACGAGUCGAGUGAGGAAAACCAGCUGAAUGACACUUCACCACACCCCUCUGAUGUGGAGUGAUCAUCACUGCUGAAGAACAAGAUUCCUUAACAUAUUAUUAACGAGAUGACCUGUGAUAUGAAUAGCAUAACCUUUUAGACCAAACUCUAUAGGUUGGUCACUUGUCUAUAACUUAUGUACUACCAUUUAUUCCUUUUCCUAGGCACUUUCAUUUUCCCUUCUUCAUUUGUUUUCAAGCUUCUCAUAUACCAGCAUAGUGGUUGUAUAGAGCAUGAUGUCGUGGUAAAAAGCAAGCACGGAUGACAGAUAAAAUUUGCAGUUUCAGCAAAUUAUUGAUAAUCAUAGAUUCAAGCUCAGCGCCUUAGAAAUGAUAAAUAAUCUUCUAGGUCAGUUGACGCAUGUAGUUAAUAGAUACAGAAUCCUUUUGAUUCCUG